AAUUACACAAAAUAAAAUUUUUUAAUCUAAAUCAACUAGAACAAUUUGCUCUUUUUCUCAUCCCCUACGCGCGUGUGACGGCCUCAAGCUGCGUUCCGACGAACCAGUACCGGGUUUUAACUCGGCCAAUCCAUGGCCCACACUCGAGUUGGAAUGGAGUCGCAAACUCUAUCCCUCGGCGGCGCCACGUUCAGCGAGCGGCCUUAUGUUUGGCCUGCCACCCACAGCGGCGGAUAUGAAUCAACCGCGCGGUCCCAUGACAUCACUGAAAGAGGAGCCGUUGGGUGCGCGCGCCUGGAUGCAGCCGGUCAUUGAUCAUAGCAAUUUGGGUAUUGGUCGCGCACACUUUGAGAAGCAGCCACCAAGUAAUUUGCGUAAAUCAAAUUUCUUUCAUUUUGUCAUUGCGUUGUAUGAUCGUGCCGGUCAACCGAUUGAAAUUGAACGUACAGCUUUUAUAGGCUUUAUUGAAAAGGAUUCAGAAUCGGAUGCGACUAAAACGAAUAAUGGCAUACAAUAUCGACUGCAGUUGCUCUAUGCGAAUGGUGCGCGUCAGGAGCAGGACAUAUUCGUGCGACUCAUCGAUUCGGUGACAAAGCAGGCGAUUAUUUACGAAGGGCAAGAUAAAAAUCCGGAAAUGUGUCGAGUAUUGUUAACGCAUGAGGUUAUGUGCAGUCGCUGUUGUGAUAAAAAAAGUUGUGGCAACCGCAAUGAGACACCAUCAGAUCCUGUCAUUAUUGAUCGGUAA